AAAUUGUGUCAUUAUUACUAUAUAGACUAUCCGACGUAUUCACCUAGGUUCUAACGCCAUAGGAGAAGAAGGUGUUCAAUAUAUUGCUGGAGGCUUGAGAAAUAAUACGGUAACAUUGAUGUCUAUGUAUUUCAUUCUCGAUUUAUUUUUUACAACAAAAAGACACUGAUUUACCUUGAUCUAAGAGACAAUCAAAUCGAAACCAAUGGAGUACACGUUCUGAGCAGUGAAUUGCAAGAAAAUACGGUAACUCUCUUUUCACAUUGACGCACAGUUGUUUUUUCAUUGUUAUUAAUUAUAUAGACAAUUCAACAUAUUAAUCUAGAAAAAAAUGGAAUCGGAGAAGACGGUGCACGAUAUAUAGCUGAUAUGAUAACAUCUAUUAAAGUAACUCUUCAUCUGAUUUUUCUACGACUUGCAUGUACUUUUACUUAUAUAUUGACACCAUAAGACACUUACUGGACUGAGUCUUGGGAAGAAUCAAAUCGGAAUUCGUGGAGUUCAAUAUCUGAGCAAUGCAUUAAAACAAAAUAUGGUUACUAUUAAUUAUUUCUAUUAUAUUCAAAAAAUCGAUUUAUCCUUAUUAUAUAGGUAAUCACACAUAUUCAUCUCGAUGAGAAUGAGAUUGGUGAUGAAGGUGUGCGAUUUCUAGUUGACGCUUUAAAAAAUCAUACGGUAAUUUUCCAAUAGAGAAUUCUUUGUUUCACUAUGUGGCUUAUUCUUGUUGUUUUCAUCGAAAAAAGACACUUGUUUCCCUUCAACUUGGAGACAAUAAAAUCGGAGACAAAGGAAUACAAUAUCUAAGCAACGUAUUACGAAACAACACGGUAACUUUUAAUUAUUCAUACUAUAUGCAACGAGUUAGUUGAUGAAUUUUUACAUAGAAAAUUUGCGGUAUUCAUCUAGAAAACAAUGAAAUAGGUGAUGAAGGUGUACAAUUUCUUGCUGAGGCUUUAGUCAAUAACACGGUACUUCGUUUACUUGUUCUUGGAGGAAAUCACAUUGAAACCAAGGGAGCACAAUAUCUAGCCGAUUCACUUCGAAACAAAAUGAAACUAACUACACUUGAUCUCAGAGACAAUAAAAUUGGAGACCAAGGAGCACUUUAUAUAGCCGAUGCUUUACGGGACAAUAUGGUACUAAGAGUGUUAAAUCUUAGUUCCAAUGGAAUUAGUACAACAACUGCGGAUCAUCUCUAUGAAUGUUUUCGAAAUAAAAAUUCUGUUCAUAAAUUAAAAUUAAAUCAAAAUCGAAUUACUAAUAUAGGUGCAGCAUACAUAGGUGAUAUGUUAAAAGAGAACAAGACAUUGGUUCAAAUCAAUCUUACGGGCAAUCAAAUUGGAAAUACAGGAGUACAAUAUCUAACGAAUGUAUUACAACAGCAUUCGGUACUUAAAGAAUUACAUCUUGAUAGCAAUAGUAUUACAGGACAAGGAGCGAAACAUCUUGCCGAUGCACUGAGUAAAACAAAGACACUGACUACACUUAAACUUCGUGGAAAUGAAAUCGGGCCUUCAGGCACAAAAUAUUUGAUAGAUGCUCAACAAAAUCGAACAGUUAGUCCUUGUUAA